AUGAGGCAGAGGAGAUGGUUGGAGCUAGUCAAAGACUACGACUGCGAGAUAAUGUACCAUCCCGGUAAAGCCAAUGUGAUAGCGGAUGCACUCAGCCGUAGAGGUCCCGGAAUAGUUUCCACUUUACAAGGAGUAUCAAGGGAAUUAGUGGAAGACAUGGAACGAGCUGGUAUAGAGUUUAUUACAGGGCAACUUGCAAUGGUCACACUUCAAUCCACUUUCUAUCAGUCUACUAUUGGGGUAGCACCCUAUGAGAUGUUGUAUGGAAGAAAAUGCAGGUCUCCACUGAAUUGGGAUGAGUUGGGAGAGAACAAACUCCUAGGGCCAGAUGCAGUUCAGCACACCAACGAAGCAAUUCAGAAGAUCAGGGCUAGAAUGAUCACAGCUCAGAGCAGACAGAAAUCUUACGCAGACCUGAAGCGGAGGGACAUUGAGUUCGAAGUGGGUGAUCAUGUGUUUCUUCGAAUGACACCACGAAAAGGACUCUCGGUGAAGAGAUUUGGCAAGAGAGGGAAACUAAGUCCCAGAUAUGUUGGUCCAUUUCAGAUAUUGGAUAGAGUGGGCAGUGUAGCUUAUAGAAUAGCUUUACCGCCAUCAUUAUCUGGGGUGCACAAUGUAUUUCAUGUAUCUCAACUCCGGAAAUAUGUGUCAGACCCAUCGCAUGUUUUGAGCUAUGAAACACUGGGUUUGCAGGAAGAUUUGUCCUACAAUGAACGUCCGGUAAAGAUUCUUGAUCAAAAAGAUAGAAUUUUGAGAAAUAAGACAAUUGCCUUGGUGAAAGUCCUAUGGAGGAACAACGUGGUUGAGGAAGCUACUUGGGAGCUAGAGUCUGAUAUGCGAGAACAAUAUCCAGAAUUAUUUGAGUAA